AACCCUUCCUGCCGGCACUCAGAGCAGGGCGAAGUGCGGAGAGUUUAGCAAACUAAACUCGUAGGAUUAACAAAGCAGAAAAGUGCUGUUUUGCAGAUUUUUGUGCUUUGGCAACAGGGAGUCCAUCUUGGGACAAGCGGCUUCUUGGACUGCGUGAUCGAGAGAGAAACACAUGGACGCUUUUGAAGGAAUUCACACCGUCCGUAUUUCGUCAUCUCCUCCUUCUUCAGCCUCAUCCACCCCAGGAUAUGAGGUCCUCAAGGCAGGGCGGUCUGGGAUAGCAGUCUACUCCUCUCCAGUGUUCUUUGGGACAUCUAACGUGAAUGCAGUUAAACACAAGACCUGCAAGGUCACUAAGGAGGAACGCUGUGCUGUUGGACAGUUGGUAGAUCUGGAUCCAGAGCCAGUGACCAUAGUGGAGGGAGGAGGCCGGGAUGGGCCCGCCUCAGGCAGACCCCACGGCGAUCUCUGCCGGCUCCGCAGCUCCUCACUGGAGAUCAAAGAAAAAGAAAUCAGAGAAAAGGGCUCAGAGAUCCUCCGGGAGCAGCUGGACGCAGCAAAGAGGGAACUGAAACUAAAAGACAAGGAGUGCGAACGUCUGUCGCAAGUCAGGAAUCAGCUGGAGCAGGAGCUGGAGGAGCUGACCGCCAGCCUGUUUGAGGAAGCCCAUAAGAUGGUGCGUGACGCCAACGUGAAACAAGCAGGAGCGGAGAAACAACUGAGGGAGGCUCAAGGAAAGAUCGACGUUCUGCAAGCAGAGGUGACCGCGCUCAAGACUCUGGUGCUGACGUCCACGCCUUCCUCGCCCAACCGCCAGCUGCAUCCUCAGCUGCAGGCCACGGGCGGCAGGGGAUCCUACAAACGCGGCGGAGGCCACGUCCGCACCAGCAGCGCCGGCGGAGCCUUUCAGACCUCGUCUGGGAAACCCGAGCCGUCCACCGUUUCCAUCGAGCCUGUGGCGAAAGAGGAGCGGGAGAUGGACUCGGUGCUGUUCGCAGAGUUUUUGUCGUGGAACCAACAUCUGAGUCUGGACCGAUCCUCCGCCUUCCUGAGUCGCGUUUACCGAGAAGACAUCGGACCCUGCCUCUCCUUCACCAGAUCAGAGCUGUCCCAGCUGGUCCACAGAGCGGUGGAGAACAACUCCCUGACCAUCGAGCCUGUGGCCGUGUCAGCUUUGCCGAUGGUUAAGGCAUCUGCUUUAGAGUGCGGCGGUCCUAAGGCUUCGGUAGAGACAAAAUGCGCUUUAAGCGGCUUGUCGAGAGUCUGCCGACAUCGCAUCAAACUGGGCGACAAGGGGAGCUACUAUUACAUCUCUCCAUCAAGCCGAGCUCGGAUCACGGCUGUGUGUAAUUUCUUCACUUAUAUCCGGUACAUCCAGCAGGGCCUGGUGAGACAAAAGGAGGAGCAGAUGUUCUGGGAGGUGAUGCGACUUCGCAGAGAGAUGACCGUCGCCAAGUUGGGUUUCUACCUCACGGACCAGGGUUAAAGGACCUGCCCGUCAGCCAGGCAGCUGCGUCAUGGGAGUCCUGAUUAGUCACACAACUCUGGGAGUUACACAAACCUGAUUUCUGGUUCUACACAUCAUUGGUGCUGAAGCUGAGCUCAGCCAACCAAGGGGAGCAGGAAAUGUGCCACUUUUGGGGAAUUUGAUGCAAAUCGAGAUUGAAUAGCCACCUGAAAAUAAUAACUGAGUUAUUGCUGUGGUGUUCCCCAGUAAAUUCCUCUUACCAUUGGGAUUUAUGGAGGACAUUUAGUUUUACUUUAAAUCUUCCAAAGAAAUGUUCCACAGACCUCCUUAUUGCAGCUCAGUCGACUUAUUGUUGCUCAGAAUAAAACCCCUCCGUGGAGUUUAGUGGUCUCCUACUUGAAAUAUGCAACAUUUUUCAGUGAAAUAUGAUGCCUAACUCCUACCUGCAUCCAGGUGACAUCCUGAAGAUCCCAGCACUUCCUUUGUGUGUCAGGGCAACCUCACUUGAUGCAAGGCGCUCCUGCACGUCCUGCUCUGCCUUGUAAUAACAUCAUAAACGAGCUUCGUUUGAUGCUUUUAUGUAAUCAGAUGUAAUCACACCUUCAGUCUCCACAGUCAAUGGUGUACAGCAGACAGAUAAGAGCUUUAUUACAGUUAAUUACAAUGCUUCACAUGUACACUUGCACUUUUCAAUGAACAGUACCAUAAACAAGCCAUAAAUGACAUAGCCAUAUGAGACAAUGAAGGUUUACCUCAGAAUGUAAAUUUCUUAAAAAUAGCCCAUUUUUGUUUUGAAAUGCAAGUUUUUUUUUUUUUAAUGGUGAAAAUGAAGGAUUUAGUGUUAAGUGCAAUAUUUGCUUCUUAGCCAAAUUAUUGGUUUGAGGUAUUUUAAAAAUCGGUGUAGUGAUGACUAACUGUGGAAACACUCCAAUAAACAAGAGGCACUGUUGCUUAAAUGU